AUGAUUACGUUUGGCCCUGAAUGGGAUCUUACGACACGGCGAGUGGCCUAUUCACAGGACAGCAGCUCCUUCCACAAAAAGAAAGAGCCACCGUGCCGCCCAGUCUGCGCUGACUCCUCCCUCUUCACUGACUCCUCCCUCUGCACUGACUCCUCCCUCUACACUGACGCCUCCCUCUGCACUGACUCCUCCCUCUGCACUGACUCCUCCCUCUGCACUGACUCCUCCCUCUGCACUGACUCCUCCCUCUACACUGACGCCUCCCUCUGCACUGACUCCCCCCUCUGCACUGACUCCUCCCUCUACACUGACUCCUCCCUCUGCACUGACUCCUCCCUCUACACUGACGCCUCCCUCUGCACUGACUCCCCCCUCUGCACUGACUCCUCCCUCUACACUGACUCCUCCCUCUACACUGACUCCCCCCUCUGCACUGACGCCUCCCUCUGCACUGACUCCCCCCUCUGCACUGACUCCUCCCCAUCACCACCUCUCCAGUAG